GGGGGAACGGAACGGAACUGCUGUAGGGUCGACGAAUAACUGGAGAUGAAGGAGAAAGAUGGAGAUGAAACAUCGGGUUAAGACUUGUAUCGGUAAAUAGGCGAUCGAACAACUACUUGCAGCCGCACUCUGAAGCGAAUGUUUUAUGAGGACGCGCAGAGGAAGUCCUUUGAUCGCGGUGAGGUAGCGAAUGCAGGGAGAGCUGGGGAGGGCUGUAGCGGCUGGGUUUUUUUGGAGAGGGAAAACAACAUGGCUGCGGUGGAGCUCGAAUGGAUCCCAGAGACACUGUACAACACCGCUAUCUCGGCCGUGGUGGACAACUACAGCCGCUCACGAAGGGACAUUCGUUCGCUCCCAGAAAAUAUACAGUUUGAUGUCUAUUAUAAGCUUUACCAGCAGGGCCGGCUCUGCCAGCUGGGAGGAGAGUUCUGUGAACUGGAGGUGUUUGCUAAAGUACUGCGGGCUUCAGACAAAAGACACCUCCUGCACCACUGCUUUCAAGCGCUAAUGGACCACGGUGUAAAAGUUGCCUCGGUUCUGGCGAACUCUUUCAGCCGCCGCUGCUCCUACAUCGCAGAGUCGGACGCCCAUGUCAAAGAGAAGGCCAUCCAGUUUGGCUUUGUGCUGGGUGGCUUCUUGUCAGAUGCAGGCUGGUAUGGAGAUGCAGAGAAAGUGUUUCUGUCGUGCCUGCAGCUGUGCACACUCCACAGUGAGGUCCUCCACUGCUACCGGGCUGUGGAAUGCUGUGUCAGGCUGCUUCAUGUCCGCAAUGGCAACUGUAAGUACCACCUGGGGGAGGAGACCUUCAAGCUUGCUCAGUCUUACAUGGACAAACUAGCCAAACAUGGCCACCUUGCCAACAAGGCAGCACUGUACGGCGAGCUUUGUGCCUUGCUCUUCGCCAAAAGCCACUAUGACGAGGCAUACCGAUGGUGUAUAGAGGCUAUGAAGGAAAUUACUCCAGGGCUGCCUGUCAAGGUAGUGGUUGAUGUCCUCCGGCAAGCCUCCAAGGCCUGCGUGGUCAAGAGAGAGUUCAGAAAAGCAGAGCAGCUGAUCAAACAUGCUGUGUUUCUAGCAAGAGAACAUUUUGGACACAAGCAUCCAAAGUACUCGGAUACGCUGCUAGAUUAUGGAUUUUACUUAUUAAAUGUAGACAACAUAUGCCAAUCAGUUGCUAUUUACCAGACAGCGUUGGACAUCCGACAGUCUGUGUUCGGGGGAAAGAACAUCCACGUUGCCACAGCCCAUGAAGACCUAGCUUACUCCUCAUAUGUGCACCAGUAUAGCUCUGGGAAAUUUGACAACGCUCUAUUCCAUGCGGAACGCGCCAUAGACAUCAUAACUCAUAUUCUGCCUGAGGACCAUCUGCUGCUGGCCUCCUCCAAGAGAGUCAAAGCUCUUAUUCUGGAGGAAAUUGCCAUUGACUGCCACAAUAAGGAGACAGAAGAGCGCCUUCUUCAAGAAGCUCAUGACCUUCACCUCUCCUCACUGCAGCUGGCAAAAAAGGCCUUCGGAGAGUUCAACGUCCAGACUGCCAAACAUUAUGGCAACCUAGGACGACUCUACCAGUCUAUGAGGAAGUUUAAGGAGGCAGAGGAGAUGCACAUUAAAGCCAUCCAGAUCAAGGAGCAGCUUUUGGGCCAUGAGGACUACGAGGUGGCUCUGUCUGUGGGUCAUCUGGCCUCCCUCUACAACUACGACAUGAAUCAGUAUGAAGACGCAGAGAGGCUCUACCUGCGCUCCAUCGCUAUCGGUAAGAAGCUGUUUGGAGAGGGUUACAGCGGGCUGGAGUAUGACUACCGAGGCCUGAUCAAACUCUACAACUCGGUGGGAAACUAUGAGAAGGUGUUUGAAUACCACAACAUACUGUCCAACUGGAACCGGCUGAGGGACCGACAGUUUGCCGUGGCAGAUGCCCUGGAGGAUGUCAACACUACGCCCCAGCAGACCCAGGAGGUGGUCCAAGCUUUCCUAUUGGCUCAGAGCCUAGGCCCCACCCGCCCCUGUCUGGGCUAAAUAUAUGAGGGAAGAGGGGGAAAUAAUGACAUGUGUCCUCACCAGGCUAAAGCCCACGUAUUAAGCCCAAAUGUGAUGCUUCAGUUGCACACAGUUAAUAAGUAUGCACAGUAAAUUCAAGCAUCAACAGUGAUUUAAGUUGGCUUUGUCUCUGCAGCUGCCAGUACAAACAGACAUACACCCACAUUUAGCUGUGCAAAUUAAAAAAGAAAGUAGAGACACUGUUAUCAAACCUCAUCGACAUUUACAAACCACCAAGAUGCAAUUCCAGACUGGAUGCAGCGUCACACCACCGAACGGACUGUUGCAUUUCUCCAAGAAAAAGAGGACACAUGACUGGAUGACAAAUGAUCUCGCCUCUCCUCUCGCUCGCCUUUUUCUUUUCAUUUUGGAAUCAUAGGAGAUUUUUGCUUUUGUAUUUGAACCAGUGUAGCUCUGAAUGCCAUGAGAUGCAUCACAGAUCAAAACCAUGUUUCUCCAGGGCUAUGUACACAACAGUAACUGGAUCCCAACCUCAUCUGUGAAAAACUUGUUUUAACCCACACCCAUCGACAUCAUCACUUGGUGGAUCAGAGAAGGAAAAUGUCAGAUAUUUUUGACACUUGUACAGUAAAAUAAUACAGCAGAUUGUACACUUGUUUUUUUUUUUCUCUUUGCAAAGAAAUGAAAGUGGACCCCAAGAGAACUCAUGUUUUAAACUGCUUGUUUGAGAGAGAUUACAAACAAUGGAAUGUGUUCAACCAGUGGUUAUAUUGUCACAUACACAUCCAGCUUCACAGGUCUUGUUUUCACGAUAUAUUUCAUCGUUUUUUUAUCUCUUUUUUUCCAGCUUAGUACCGACAAUAAUUAAAAUGCCAACAAUUUAUAUGCAAAA